UCUCAGCAUGCUCGGUCGUCCCGUUUCCUCCAUCUUGUUCCUUUUACUGUGGUUGGUGUAAAUACUACGUAGACAGUCUUCGCAAAGUGUGCGAGCCACUUCUGCGCGCGCGUCCGUCCGCGAAAGGGACACCGCAGGGUGAAUUUAAAAGAAUUCAAAAGAAGUAGCACGUGAGGCCCUGUGAUGAGAGUCCUGAUGAGAGACACGACAAUCCGCACCACAACCCUCCCCGGCCCAUCUAAGAUCCUUCCAGUGCACGACAAAAUGCUCAAACCAGCACCCGGAACUCCCUUCUCCAUCCUCCACGAUGGCCUGCACGAUUUCGCCCCCUCGUGGCAGCUGCCCGUCUUGCACAGCAUCGUCGUCGCGUACAAUAUGCGAAAACGGUUCACGAAACCUGAGCAUACGUUUAUCCAAAAGAUCCUCGCCCACCUCCUAGUAGCCCUCGGCGGCGGCACGCUCUCCGCCCUCCUCACCGCCCGCCCCGUCCCCCUCUUCACCUCCAACACCCUCCUCCCGCUCUACCUCACCGGCCACCUCCUCAUCCACUACACCCCCUUCCUCUUCCCGCUCCUCACCGCCCUCUCGCCCCUCUGGGAACCCCUAGCGGCCAUCAUCGACGCCGCGUCACGCACGUGGGCGCUUACACACGGCCUGGACGCGUUCCGGGCGCAUGUGCAGUACGCGCAUCUGUCACGGGACGCGAUCGUGGGGCAGUUUGCGUUGGGUGUGGUUUCGGUCACUGCGGGCGGGAUCAUCUAUAAAUGGAGCGCGUCGCCCGUGGGGAGGUAUACGUGGCCCGGGUGGGAUUUCGGCGUCGUUUGCUUUGUUACGGGGGUCUAUGUUGCGUAUUGGGAUAGCUCCACGUUGGGGGUCGGGAAGGCGGCUGGGGGGUGGGUGGGGCCGUGGGUGAGGGAGUACGGGGGCGUGGUGGGGCUGCCGUAUAGUGUUACGGGGGCGGAGAUGAGGACCGUCUGUAUGGCGUUGAUGGCGGUGGGGUUUUUGGCCGGGGUUUGGGCGCCGGUGGUGGCUGGGGGUGGUGGGGGAGCGACGGGGAGGACCGUGGGCAGGGGAACGACGGGUCAGGGUGGGUGGUAUGCGCAGCAGCAGCAGCAGCAGCAGGGGAAGGGAAAGAAGAAGGGGGAUGCAAAGAAAGAGUGAUAGAGGUGAUCCAUCGAUGCGCGAAUCAAAUCUGAGAUGAUUGAGACGGGACUUGCCGCCGCUUGGGUCGUCAGCGCCUUCUCUGCGUA